AUGGAAGACUCGCCAAGGUUGUCUAAAUCUGUACGUAGCCUGGUCCAGUUGAAGGACUUCUUGAUUACUUUUAUGAGAUGCGAGAUAGGUGAUGGACAAGACGCUUUGUUCUGGUUUGACUCAUGGACUGAGUUGGGGCCUUUAUUGACGUAUGUGGGGGACUCUGGUCCUCGACGACUUUGUCUUAGGUUGUCAGCCACAGUGGCUGAUGCAACUCGAAAUGGGACAUGGAAUUUACCUUCAGCCAGAACCCAGCAAAUAGAAACUCAGCAAAUUUUUAUGACCACUAUUCCCCCACCGGACGUCUCAUUUGGUAAAGACAAGUACUUGUGGCUCCAAUCCGAUGGGUCCUUCGGGCCCUCGUUCUCCACAAAGGGUACUUGGGAUCACAUCAGGGAAUCAUCUCCUAUCCAAAGUUGGAGCAAAAUUCUCUGUCAUGCUACAUCGUCUGUCUACUCGGGACAGGUUAAGACGGUGGGGAAUGAUGUGCCUGAGCACAGAGUUUGGCCUAACCCGCCGAAUGAUGUCCACUCAGCAGCCGCGUGGAUUGGGGUCUCUAGAGCCAGAGCCAGAGAUUCCGUACAGUCGAAUUGUAUAAUCAAGCUUCUCCUUCAGUCCGCCAUCUACCAUAUCUGGAAAGAGCGCAACGCUAGAAUCUUCACGUCCAAGGCUUUUCCCCCUGCCAUGGUUCGAGCAGCAGUGGACAGACAGAUCAGAGACCGCCUCCUCUCCAUUCCGCCUUCCCCUCGUGUCCAGCCUCCCUUCCUUCAAUUUUUCUUUGCUUGUACUAGGCCGCCUUGA